CGCCUCCGUCCAGUUGUUUCUGAACCGCCCCCUCCGUGCGUCGCUAACGUAACCACGCCCCCGGAGCGCCUUGGCUGGCGCCGGGAAAACCAUGAUGUGGAGAACUUGGGUGUUGUCUUGUUUCUCUAGCAACGGUCUCAGGAGCAGAUGGCCACCCAGCAAUUUGUCUGACUGUGUUGGGGCUGGGCCACUUGUCUCCAACUCAUAAGGGCUUGCAGCCCUGUUGACCCGAUGUUUCAUGGAACAAUCACAGAAGAGCUAACCAGUCAUGAAGAAUGGAGUCACUAUAAUGAAAACAUAAGAGAAGGUCAAAAAGAUUUUGUUUUUGUGAAGUUCAAUGGCCUUCAUUUAAAGUCUAUGGAAAAUUUGCAGUCUUGCAUCUCUCUUAGAGUAUGCAUCUUCUCAAACAAUUUUAUUACAGAUAUUCAUCCACUUCAAAGUUGUAUAAAAUUAAUCAAACUUGAUCUCCAUGGAAAUCAGAUAAAGAGUCUACCAAAUACCAAAUUUUGGAAUGGAUUGAAGAACCUAAAACUACUCUAUCUUCAUGACAAUGGGUUUGCAAAGUUAAAGAAUAUAUGUGUAUUAUCUGCCUGUCCAACCCUCAUUGCCCUCACUAUGUUUGAUUGUCCAGUAAGCCUUAAAAAAGGAUAUAGACAUGUUCUUGUUAACAGUAUAUGGCCUCUCAAAGCACUGGAUCAUCAUGUGAUUUCUGAUGAAGAAAUAAUUCAGAACUGGCAUCUUCCUGAAAGAUUCAAAGCAUGUAACCAUCGACUUUUCCUUAAUUUCUGCCCAGCUUUGAGAAAGGGAACAACCUAUGAAGAGGAAAUUAAUAAUAUUAAACAUAUUACUUCAAAAAUUAAUGCAAUUCUGGCUCAUAAUUCACCAGUUUUGAUUGUUCAAAGAUGGAUACGUGGUUUCCUAGUUAGAAAAAAUUUGAGCCCUGUGUUUUUCCAUAAAAAACAGCAGGAGAAAAUUAUUAGAGGAUAUGAAACAAAAUGGAUUUAUAUAACCAAAGGGUAUGAAGAUAAGCUCCUUAAGGAUCUCUUUUUCAAACCUGAAACUAAUAUAAAAGGAAAGCUUGCAUAUUGGAAACAUAAUAUAUAUUAUCCUGUUGAUUUAAAAAAUUCCAGUGAACACAGAAAACAUGUUUCAUCUAUUUUAUGUGAAUUAAAACCAAAAGAUCUAGGCAUGAAAUCAAAAACGUCAAGACAUCUCAUUCAAAAAGGUCAGGAGUCUGAAGAUGAAAUUGUGGGUGAACAAUUGGAUACCAGUUUUAGGAUAUCAGUUUUCAAACUACCCAUAUACACUUCAGGUUCAUUGAAGAAUAAUGCAGUAUUGAGAGAGAAAAAACAAGAUUUUUUUCCUCCAUAUCCUCAGCCAAUCUUUACUACUCAUCCAAAGCCAAUCAUUAAAAAAGACAUACGAUUGGAGAGGAGUAUGAAAGAGUUUUUUGCAACACAGAGAGCUGGUAUGAAACUCCGAACAUUUAGUGAUAUUGACAAAUAUUACACAGAACAAAAGAAGCAGGAAUGCCAUAAAGAAAAAGUAAGAGUUGUAGCCAUGGCACAAGUUUCUCGAGAAAGAGUUAGAGUAACUGUUAAUGAACAUUUGAAUCAGAAAAAAUAUGCUACACAAAAGCUAAUUGAAGAAAAUAAAGAAGCAAUUCAGAACAGUUUACGACAAGUUUGGCAAAACAGAUUCAACUACCUUGAAAAAGCUAGAGAGAGAAGAGCUCUGUUUCUAAAAGAAAAAUCCCAAAAGGCUGCAGAGCGUUUAUUAGUUCAAAACUUAAAUAAUGAGCGCACUCUUUUGACCAGAGGACUACUUAAAAUUGACAGACUGAAGAAGAAUGAGGCUGUCCUAAAAGAGAAAAGCCUGAUUGUUAAGCAAAAACUAAAAGCAGAAAAAUAUGGAAAGAAUUUACUUAAAGAAAUGAAAAAAGUUAGGUCUCGAGAAAUAUAUAAAAGACAUUGUGAAGAAAAAUUUGUUAUGGAUAUGAUUGCCUUUGAAAAAGCCUGUGAAAGACUUCAAGAUGCUAAAACAAAAGUAGCAAUUGUGAAAACAAAUUUAGACUUUGAAGUUCCCAAUGGACUGAUAUAAUGAAUCAAUGCCAGAUCACAUCCUAUGAUCAUCUUAAAUUAUAGUCAUUAUUUUUAGUUGAAGGAAUUUGAAAUAAUACUCUAAAGCAAGAAAUACUCUACAUCACAAGAUGGAUUUAUAUAUAAAUCUUCUAAAAAUAUAAAGAUUAGUUAAAAUGUUUCUCUUAUUGGUCAUAAUUUAACUUAAAGUUGACUUAGCACCUCUGAAAAAUUUCUUAGAUCAGAUGCCUAAGGAACAAUUAAACUGAUUUUAUUUAUUGCAGACAAUGUUGCAAUUACAUUGCUGAUGUUCUGUUUCAUAUUCUUUCUAAAUAUAGCAAUUCAUAAGCUAAUUUAGGUUUUUCUGGAAACCUUAGAAUAGUAAUUUCUACUCCAACUGCUGACUUUUAUUAAGACACUGUGUACGUUGAUGACUUUUAUUACCUGCUUUUAUAUAUUUAAUUAUAUUUCCUGCUUAUUUUGUUAAAACAAUUUCUGAAUUUAUUUUUUAAAAUAUGGUUUCAAUAUUUUGUCGGUGAUAUAUGCUGUUAUAAAAAUUCAGAAAAUAUGAACUAUGAAAAGUAAAUUAAACAUUCUUAUCACCUUUCUUG